AUGGCUCCGCCGAGGAUCCCCGGCGGCCGCGGCGGGGGCCGCGGCCGAGGUAAGGGUGGCUAUAAGGGCCGCAUGGGCAAAAACUUCCGCAAGAACCCCGACGGCAGCGACAAACCCAAGGGGAAGGCGCGGAGGUCGGGGCUCGGGUUGUGGGGGAUCGGGUUGGUGACGGGCGCCAUCGCCGGGCUCGUCGCCCUCGUGGCGCACGGGGAGAGGGCCGCGCUCGAGAGGGAAUCCGAGGCGGUGCGCAGGCGCCUGCGGAGGAAACCGCGAGGGUUCAGCGAGCACGCGGUGUGCCGCAUGGACUGCAGGUUCAUCGGAGAGGACGAGGCGACCGCGACGCUCGCGCGGGGUAAGCUGAGCAAGAGGCACUCGACCCCGGGGGCGACGCCGUGUCCGAGGUGGGCGCUGGAGGACGGGAGGGUGCGGGCGGUGUGGGCGGAGUGCAGGGACGAGACCAAGCUCGUGACGGUCAUCGACACCGUCACGGAUCACCCGUGCGGGCCGUGCUGA